GUACGUAAAGCAGAAUAAUUGACGUUUCUACUCUUACCAUACCCCGUACGAACCAAAUAGUACUUGAAACGUAUUUGAAGCAUGCUGUACACCGCUCGCCUUUUCAGCGUGUCGUACCAGUUGCCGAACUUUUCAACUUUCACAAAUGGUAAUUUUGGUACGAAGGAGUGGAGGCUUUUUUUUAAAUGUUUGAAUAAUAGCCGUACUGUCUCUGCAUGGCACGAUAUUCCUCGUCAGCCUGCUUAUUGUUCUAAUAGAGAUAGGGAUCACAAGAGCGAUCAUAUCUUCACUUAUGUGAACGAAAUACCACGUGGAAGCCGUGCUAAGAUGGAGUUAAUUAAGGAGGAAGCCUACAAUCCCAUUGCGCAAGAUACUUUUAAUAAAGCACCUGGAUGUCCUCUAAGAUUUUUCUCCUACGGUAACAUACCAUUUAAUUACGGCUUCAUCCCGCAAACAUGGGAAAAUCCAGAUGUUUUAGAUAAGGAAACUAAGUGCUUUGGCGACGGCGAUCCUAUUGAUGUGGUACAGCUAGGGCCGACGCCCGAAGCUAUUGGGAACUUCAUGCCAGUGCGCGUCCUAGGAGUGUUGGGUCUCAUCGAUCAGAAUCAAACCGACUGGAAGAUCAUCGUGGAGCCCAUAGCGAUAGGUGGAGAAACUUACGGCAGUCUAGAGCGCGUGCCAAUGGAGGUGCAGAGACAGAUUGUUGAUUGGUUUAGAAACUAUAAAACAACAGAAGGCAAGCCUCCUAAUGAGUUUGUCUUUAAUGCUGAAAUACGUGGUGUGGAGACGGCACUUCAGAUCCUCUUGAACGGGGGUAAUGAAUAUGAGCAGCUAUUUAGCAAAAGGAUUGAUUCUCACAGCUAUUGGCUGCCUUAA